CUCAAGCUUGAUCACAGACUCCUUAGCAGUUAAGCACCAAGAACAAAUGGCUCAAACCAGCUUGUCUGUACUAGCAGUGGUUCUAGCCAUGUGCUGCACCUUAUUCAUUUCCUCCGGAGCUGCAGCUCCUGUCUCCGCGGCAGCCACCGAGUACCUUCAAGCCCACAACCAAGCCAGAGCCGCCGUCGGCGUCCCACCUCUGAAAUGGAACGAGUCACUCGCUAACUCGACGAGUCGACUCGUGAGGUACCAGAGAGACAAGAUGGAGUGCAACUUCGCCAACCUGACAAGCGGCAAGUACGGCGGGAACCAGCUCUGGGCGAGCGGCCAGGUCGUGACGCCGACCAUGGUGGUGGACAGUUGGGUGAAGGAGAAGGAGUUCUACAACCACACAGACAACACGUGCGUCCCCAACCACCAGUGCGGCGUCUACACACAGGUGGUGUGGCGGAAGUCGCUGGAGCUGGGCUGCGCGAUGGCCACGUGUCCCAAGGACCAGAGCACCUUGAGCAUUUGCUUCUACAAUCCUCCUGGAAAUUAUGUAGGGGAGAGUCCGUACUAGUGAUCGGAGUUGAUCAAGUUUAAUGUAUGUGAGUUUAAUAAUUUGUAUGAAUGGUUUCAGAGUCCUCGAUCAGAUCUCUCUGUUUCUUUUGUUGUUUGGUUGCAAAGUACAGAUUAACCGGUUCUUUGUCAGU